CAGAAAAUGGCUGAUCAGUGUCACAUGUGUUUGCUGCGACUGAUUAUUCUCUGUCCACUUCUGACAGGUACAAGUGGAACAGAAGUAACUCAUGUGUUCAGCAGUUCUGGUGAAAAUGUCCAUCUACCCUGUAAUAAUGAUCUUUCUGGCUGCACAUCAACUACAUGGAUCUAUAACAGACAUUCAGAGACAGUUGAACUGAUUGCUGGAGGGAAAAAGAAGAAUAACAUAGAGAGACGUGAGAGACUGAGUGUGGGGUCUGACUGCUCUCUGAACAUCAAGAAAGUCACACAAGAAGAUUAUGGAAUUUACACCUGCCGACAAUAUGUGAAUGGACAAAAACAAGGAACUGAUGCACCUGUUUAUCUGCAUUUUCUUCAUGUCUCUUCAUCAUCCUCACAGACUGAGAUCAGACCAGGCAGCUCUGUGACUCUCUACUGUCAGUUGUAUUAUUAUGGAGUCUCUUGUGAUAGUUUGGUCCGUACUGAGGGAAUUCAGCUGGUCUGGGUGAAUCAGGCUGGUGUGAAUCUGGUGACAGACUCCAGAUAUCAGAUAUCAUUCUCCUCGACACGCUGUAUCAUCACUCUGACUACAACACUCCUGAAUGAAGAUCUCAACAGAGAGUGGAGAUGUCAGGUUACUCAGAGAAAUCAACUGAAGACCUCAGCUACAUUUACUGUCAAGUUUUCAGAUCCAACUGAGACAAGGACACCAAAUCCAGUCACCAACUCAAAGACAGCCACAACUGUAUAUAAACCAGUAACACAAUCAGCUCCAGUCGAUUCAACAACACUGAUUCCAGUCAGCAGCUCAAACUCUGAGAAGAAAUCAAGCCGAACUACAGCAGAUCCAACACAACAAGAGAUUAUGAUUAUUAUUAAGACUGCAGUGUUUGUUGCUCCUACUGUGAUUCUUCUUCAGAUCAUCUGUGCAAGAAGAGCUGGAAGGAAAGACUCACACCACCCAGAGGAGAUGGAGAUGCCUACUACAGUAUUAGAAUAAACACACUCUACAUAUUAAGGGUCACAUGCUGGAGAACAGAGGAUCAAGGAAUCGAGGAAGCAUCAAUUUGAGUAGGCUAUUGAGAAGCACCUCUAGUGUUUCUUGUCCUUCUACGGCUGUGAUAUUAGUGUUCUCAGUUCAGUCUCCUUUGUGUUUUGUUGUAUUUCGGUAUUAUUUUAAUAAACCUCCUGCAUUUGGA